UUGUUGUACAUCCCUCAGGUACCAUAGGUGUGGAUAAGGGAGCCAUUGAGAUAACUAACUGCUUCUGUGUUCCUCACAAUGAGUCAAAAGAAGAGGUUGCAGUGGAGCUGGACUUUGCUAAAGAUAUGUACGAACUACACCGCAAAGUAAAUCCCGGCGAGGUGAUUGUGGGGUGGUGGGCAACUGGCCACGAGAUCACCGACCACUCUCUGCUCAUCCACGACUACUACUCCCGCGUCACCAACAACCCCAUCCAUCUCACUGUGGACACAACUCUGCACGGAGGCCGCAUGAACAUCAAGGGAUAUGUUAGUGCCAGCAUGGGGGUUCCUGGCCGCACCCCAGGCACCAUGUUUGCCCCUAUUCCGGUUGAGGUCAUCUCCUAUGCACCAGAGAUUGUUGGAACAAAUGCCACCCAGAAGAGCAAAUACAGUAGGCAGCGUCUAGUGGAUCCCACGACUGACCUGCAUCAAAUUUCUGAAGCAACCCAGAACAUGGAGGCAACACUUGAGACUCUCAUCUGUAAGUACUGUACAGUAUAUGAAGGCUAACAUGGCCUUGACUUAAAUAUGAAAAUGUGAAUGUUAUUAUCCCAUUUAUUCAUUAAUACUUGUUUUGCUUCAUGUCGUGCCUGUAACGUUUUAUUAAACAUAAUUUUAAGUAGAAUAAAGUUUAGAAUAGAAAGGUAAUUAUCUGAUGAGCAAAACGGUUAUAGAAAGGGAAAAGGAACAAGAGAAGCUAUGUUUGGUUUGAGAAUUUUGAGAGAAAUUUUUAUAUCUGCUCUGUUGAUUUUGAAAAAAGCUUUUGAUAAGAUAAAGCACAAUAAACUUAGAGAGAUCUUGGAAAACUAGGCAUUAAUGAAGGAGACAUUACUGGCAACAAGAAGCUGCAGU